UGUUUCUUUUUCGUUUCGCUCUCUCGUGUGCACCGCGCUCCUCGAAUCCUCGCGGCGGCGUCCGUUGAGCAGGCAGCGCGCGCUGUCGAAAGAAUUCAAAUUCCUGUCAGAAAUCGAAUCCGUUAAAAAACGGUCUCAGACCGAUUCGCCAUCAUCAGCCCUGCAUUUCCACAGCCCAACCUUUGCUGCCUUUAUGUGAAUUCUCUUCCUGGUUGCAACACAGUCACACGCAGUACAAGAAGUCCAGAAAAACGCAGUUCAUGUUGAGAGACCAAGUCGUCGAGUUAAAAAAUAACCGUGUAGUUUUAAACACGCAUUUCUAGACUAUUUUAAGUAAAAGGCUGGAUGUUUAUAUUCGUGUUAGAUGAAUGUCGUAAACAUACGAAGACCAGAAAUAUCUAAUAUAUCAAACCACAAACCUGGGACAUAUGCCUCGUCUUAAUGGAGAAUGCGACAACACAAUCCAAAGAAGGUCUUCUAGAGCCUGUGCUUCCAGGCUCAGUAACCUUUGAUGAGAAUAUUCUAGCUCCACUUCAAGACAACUAUUUGUAUAAAGAGUCCAAGGAGUGUUUUACGUACAACUCUGCUUAUCUAAUUAACAACGCUGCUUUACAAAAACGGUAUGCUGCCUUUCGUGCUGAGAAGAAGAAAAAGGGAUAUUCUGAGCAUGAACUUGAGGAGUCUUUUGGCUUUCUGCUGUUUGAUGAUUUAAACAAGGCAAGGAAAGUUGGGGAAACAGGUUUGUUGGUUGGACAAACAAAAUGCACUACUCUUGGAGAUUCAUCAAAAGGUGUUUACAUUUCAAAAUACUCUGACUGCCUCGACCUAAAGCGCUGGUAUAGUGGCAAGACUGGCUACAUAAUCCUCGUGAAACUAACAAAGGGUAGAGUUAAAGAGGUUACUGACAACUACACCCAGAAUUUCACCCCUCCGACACCCGGAUUCGACUGCCAUGUGUCAGAACAUCUCAGUGCUGUGACUUCAACUACUAGUUUGUUUUUGGCUUAUGAGCGGACACAGUACUACAUGUAUGAACGUAUUGCUGGCAGCAGUAAAACAGAAUCGUGUCCACGACUAGCUUGUCCAUUGGCCAUUGUGGCAUUUUCAUACGGGGCAACUGCUGCCACCUCAGGAUUGGAGGAGCAGAGUCAAGAUAAAAAAGUGUUUCAGUACAAACCAUGGAUCGGCCAGUUGAUGAUUGAAUCAGCUGUCUAUGACGUUGGCCUUCAAUCCGUCAGUGGAGCCUGGUUGCCAGCUAAACUCCCCAAGAUGAUUAAAAUUAAAAGUGCAAUGGGUGUUUCGGAACUGAAAAGGACAUUGCCCCGGGAAAUUUUUGAAACUUGCAUUGUUGGUGAAGUUUGCAUAGAUGGCAAAUGUUACAAUUUGUAUGACGUUGUGUCCUCAAAGGCAAAAAAUGACCUUGCUCAAAUAAUCAAGGAGCUCAAGGAGAAAGACAUGGCUUUUGUUAUACCACUGGAUGAUUCUGGAUUCCUAAUACUGUUACAUUCUUCACACCUCUUCUCUUAUGAAGAUGCACAAUCUGGAAAGGCAGCUGCGCUUCAAGGCAUGUUUAUUUUCCCAGACUCCAGAACUGUACCAAAAGAUACCAAGGGUGCACUAUCAAAGCAUACAGUGUCAGCAGAUAUAAUCCAAGCCAUCCCAGCCCUUAACUAUGCAGAAACAGAGAUGGAAAAAUGUUCUCCAAACCAGCAGGGGGCUCCCCAUACUACUUUAGAGAAACAUCUGCAAAACUAUGCCACUCUUAUUCAGCCAGGAUUGUCGGACGCUCCCACCCGGGAAGCAAGUAUGUUUCCAGAUCAAUAUGAUGUGCCUAGUGGUUUUACACUGAUUGCCCCUAAAUGGUCACAGGAGACUGGCACUCUAUUGAAAUCCUAUUUUGAUGAGCCUUGUGGCUUUACCGUUCCAGUAGUCAGGGCAUUGGAGUUACUGGCUGCUGGUCGACAGCAACGUGGCGAUGAACAAGAUGAUGAUAUCUAUUAUAUAUCAUCACCAGAGGAGGUGCCACAGGCUCUUGCUAAUGUUGCCGUGAAUGAAACGGAGCAAGAGGAGACCAUCAGUGAUGGUCAUAGUACCUCUGGCAUGGCAGUUGAAAAUCUAAAAGAUGAGCACAAGACUUUGUCUACAGAGAAGUCUCAACCUGCUUUGCAGGAGGAGAAGGGGACACUGGGAACUGCAAUAGUAACAGUAGCUAACAAAGUGCCUGAGUAUUCAAUUUCUUCUGUGUCACCUAAGUUGGGUGAGGUGGCUACAGAGAACUGUGUAAGUGUUGAUACUGAUGCUAAAAAAUCUCAGGAAUGUAAUGAAAAGGUUGUGGGUUUGUCCUCAAAAGAGACUUCCAUGCAACCUAGCAGUACACAAUUAACCAUAUCGAUGGAAGAAGGUGGCACUGCACUAAGCAAGGGAUUGGGGGAAAGAAUACAUCCUGAGACAAAAAUGUCUAAACCUGAUAACAAAGAGGAUUGGAGGUCUCUUCCAAAGCGUGGAGGUAGGAAGCGCAAAAUGCACUGGAAAGCCUUAAAAGAGACUCCCGUGCAAACUAGCAGUACACAGAUAACCAUUUCAAAAGAAGAAGGGGGUAGUAAAGCAAGCAAGGUACUGGGGGAAAGUACACUACCUGAGAAAGUAAUGUCUAAACCUGAUAACAAAUUGGAUUGGAGGUCUCUUCCAAAGCGUAGAGGUAAGAAUCACAAAAUGCACUGGAAAGCCUCAAAAGAGACUCCAGUGCAAACUAGCAGUACACAGUUAACCAUUUCAAAGGAAGAAGGAGGUAGUGAACCAAGCAAGGUACUGGAGGAAAGUAUACAUCCUGAGAAAAUAAUGUCUAAACCUGAUAACAAAGUGGAUUGGAGUUCUCUUCCAAAGCGUAGAGGUAGGAAUCGCAAAAUGCACUGGAAAACCUUGCAAGCUAUAAAAGAAGCCCAAAAAGAGCUUGUUUUACCUACCUCAGGUUUGCCUCUCAUUUUACCAGAGAACACAGCUGAAACCCUGAUGGAUCCUAAAAAUGACAAAACCGAGUCAGUCUCUCAGACUGCUAAUCAUAAUAAUCCAGUAACCUAUUCAAGUCGUAGGGGCAGGGGACAUUGGCGACGGGGUAUACGUCGAAACAUGCCUGAAACCAGAAUAGAACAAGCAUCUUUAAAAAGCACAGAAGUCUCCACAAGUGCACCAGCUGAAACUAUAACUGACCAGGGUAAAACAGAUGACUCAGUGAGUACUGCCAAAAAAGACUGGCGGUCUUUGCCAAGGCGCAAAAGAUUGUGGAAUACUGAUGCCAGUCUGAAGCGUCGUUUAAGAUCAGGUGCACUGACGACCAGCAAUAAUGACUCGCUAAGUGAUGAAAGUAGUAUGAAUACCACAGAACAGACUUCGUCUAGGGUAUCUAGGAGGAAGAUGGAGGGAGUUAGUUUGAGAGACCGAUAUGGUCUAAAGUCAGCAUUUACAAAAUGUGGCAGAGUCUUUGUCCCGCAUGGUUCAGAUACUACUAACGGAGACUCUUCAGACAAAGGGGAAUUUGAAAGCACUAAUGAGAAUAUAUGUGUUGAGACAAACAUUGACACAAAGCCAGAAAUAAUUUCUCCAGUGGAGAAUAAAUUCACAGAAAUAGUGGUAAGUAGUGGAGAACUUCCUUCUAAAGAGCCAGCAGACAUUCCAUCGAAAAACGAGCCAAGAGUUCAGCUAGUUACGUCAAAAACUACUCAGGGUGAACAUGACAAAACUAGCCCAUCAGAAAUUGACAAAUGUCAGCAAUCUAUGACAUCUACAUCGAAUGAGGCAGAAUGCCUCCAGAACACCAGCAAAGAUCAUUCCAUUGCCAAUCAAGCAGAUAAACCCACAAGUCCUCCCAGAGUUCCUGAUCAAUCCAUGUCCACUCUCCCUAAAGCAGACUCUCCUGAGAAAAACAAAAAGAAAUCCAAACGUCCUGUUUACAGUGCAAUAUCUAUAAGUAAAUUGAAGACAGUGCUCAUAAGGGGAAUGCAGUCUAUGGCUUCCUCCCCUGGUGGUGAAAAAGUAUCAGAGCCAAAGUCAAAAAAACUAAAGUGUGAAAGCAUCAUGGAUGACGUCAGUAAUAAACGAUUAAAAGAUGAAGGGUUCCAAUCUGUAAGUGAUGAGUCACAGCAAACCUCAUUAUCGGAUGGAGGCAAGCCAAAGAAAAUCCUUUCAAAAACUAAGGAAUCUGUGUCAUGGGGAAGCAAGCUCUCAAAAGAAAAUGGGUCUCUUAAUUUUCACACAUCAGCUCCUUGCAAAAUAGUAAAACAAGUCAACGAGCAUAUCCUACCUUCGCCUUAUGGGGAUGGGGUGGGCAGAAUUAGCUCCGAUGGCAAGGGCAGUACCGAGAAAUUCCCCAUGCCCUCAGAUGCUCUAAGUAUACUUGCCGAUUUGGCCCUUGGUGCAAGUAACAAAACGGUAACGGACUUAAGAGUUAAACCUGACCAGGAGAUGCCUGCUGGAGUUAAAGGCGGUGGCUCUCCAGAAUCCGUCCUUCAUGCUCUUCUGCGGUGUCCAUCAAUUAAAUUACCCCCAAGAUCUCCUUUCCCUGAGGGUCUUUUAGUGACUGGGGCAUUCGUUUUGGAAAUAUCAAAAGAGCAUUCUUACUCACAGCCCACCUCUUUGCUAACAGGUUUGUCUGGUACAUUGCCCCAGGGUUGCUCUCCAUUUGAAUAUGUACAAUCUCCUCUGGCCUUGAAGUCUGGACUACAUCUGAACUUGCCUGUAGAUGCUAAAAAAGCAUUAUGUCAAAAUAAUGGUGGCAAAACAGAAUGGAAAUCUCUGAUUGCUCCAAAUAAGGCGUUACCAUCUAACGUCAAGACGAAAACAAGGAAGUCAAGGAACUUUCAGAAAAGACGUGUAAUUGAAAACAACGAAUCGAUUCAAGUUGUGAGGGUUUGGAGAGACACGUAUGAGUUUAAAUACGACAGCAAGUUCACCAAUGAUGAUUUAGACAAAGCUGUUAUGCGGGCGCUUCAUGGCAAAUGGAACUUCGACAUUGAAGAUACGUAUGAGGAAGUACAUCAGAUUUUUCACAUGUGGAUUGGGCUUUUCUAUAGUAAAACCACCUCUAGGUUAUUUCACCUUGAAAAUAGUCCAGCAUUCCCAGGUGGGAAGGACAUUAAAGAUGUCAGUGUUACACAAGAUGCAGAUACCAUUCAGACUCCUAUGUCAUCACUUAAUGUCGAAUUUAACCUAAAAGAGAACUUUCCCAAGACCUUGCAACCAAAUUCAGAGAUUCUGGAUCUUUCUGUGAAAAACGGAGAGCCUGUGAAUCUCCAUUUGUACUCAAAACAAAGAAGACGACAUGAUGCAGUAUCAUAUCCUGGAGUAGUAUCUCAUGAAAGAGCGCCAAAGCAUUCACCUUCAAGAAGUCUGUCCUACAGUCCUAAAGUUAAAGAAUUGAUGAAUCAUAGAUCUACUGUGGACAUACCAGUUGAAAAUGUGGUGUCUGACAAUGAAGAUGAUGAUGAAAAUGACAUCAUCAGCGAUUGCUCAUACACCCAGAUCUUGGAAGGAAACAGUGCAUACGGUCAGUUGUGUGAGCAAGCAUCAAAUAUGCACAUAAGUAUUCGACCAUACCUGCAAGUGGCAAAGGUCAUUAAUGUUUCCAAAAAUGUUGCACCCACCAGCGCAACUUCUCUGGUUCGCAAAGACACUGGUGUUUUCCAUCAAGUAAUUUCUCCCAUUAAACCCUCAGCAUUCUCCAGAUGUCAUAGUUUGGUUUUGGGUACAAAUAUUUUUGAACAGAGUUGUAAAGAUAAAGCCCGGAGUGAAGCGACGAUUGUACAGCAGAAAAAGGACAAUGUGUCUGAGAAUGCAGAGAGUAAUGCAACUUUCCAGGCGCAUAGAAGCCAGGAUGGUUGCCUAGGGACUGUAGAUAAUGAAAAUGUUGACAAGGCCUUAAAAUUUGCAGAUGCUGGUGGAUCGCCUGAUUCGGGACAGAAAGAAAGUAUAGCUGAAACGAAGGACAUUAAAGAGGUCCCAGAUGAAGACAGCCGGGAUGAACUUCUGACAGUUGUGAAAGAUGGAAGCCUUGAGGAUAAAACGACAUCCAAAAGUCCUAGUAGAGAUCAGUCCAGUGUUGCAGGGUUUAAACCUUCGCUAGAUCUAAACAAUCACACAAUUGAGUGUGAUGGUCAUGUUGAUGAGCUGAAAGAUAAUGUAUCACCUGAGAACAGUGCUGAAGAGCAAAAAGAGACUAAUAAUGAACUGGAACCUUUGGUUGAGAAAGAUUGUCACACAAAUGUGGCUGAUUCAUCAUCCCCGUCUGAUGAUGGGAACAACACUAAAGAAACUGUGGAGGAGAGAGAUAAAGGCUGUACAGUAGAGGAAACAAUGCAAGAAGGUCAGACUAAGUCAGAAGAAAGGACUAACCUGGAUGACAGUGACUCUGAAUGCAAAAUACCCAAAGCAGAAGAUAAGUCAGUUGUGGAUCUAAAGGAUGAUCCAAACAGUGUUGAUAUGGAAUUCAGUGAUGAGGAUUCAUAUGACAAUGCUGUGAUAGAUGUUUAUGAAUUGAAUAUCCCCAGUGUCAAAUCAUUGGAUUCAGAGUCCAAAAAUUGUGUCUCCAUCAAUGAGGAACAUGAUGACAAGAUGGAAGCGAGUAAUACACGAUCUGAGAAGCCAGUGGUACUUCAUGAGGGGGCAAAGCCUGAAGAUGAUGUCUGUGGUGAAACUGAUAGCAUUUCAUGUUCAGGUGAUGUGAGUAUGAGUGAGCCAUUGCCUGGUAAAGAGAAAACUACUCUAUCUUCUGAUAAUGAUGCAUUUGCAGAAAUGCAAAGUGGAAGUGACAAUGUGACCCUUGAGCAAAAGAGUGUGGCACAAGAAGCAGCCCCUGACAUGUGUGAGAAUGAGACAAAACCAACACAUAUCACUGAAUCCAGCAAUUUAGAAAUGAGUCACUCAGAUAAAGAUGAGGAAAGAUGCCAGCAGAAUACAACUGUUGAUGAUAUAUUUGCAUUUAAUGAAAAUGUUCGUGAAAAAGAAACACAAAGUCAGACAUCAUACUCUUGUGAAGACAAUACCCAAGUAAUAGAUGCACACCAGAAAUCCCAGUCUCCCAAAAUUUGUACAUCAUCUCUCAAAAGCACCACUAACAACUCUGAUAAAAAGUUAGCAACUCAAGCUUUGAACCAAGCCUCAGAAGGUGAAAUUAACAGUACGUGUUCAACACCAACUCGGGAUGAAGUUUCAUAUGAUUCAGACACGAGUGAAUGUUCCAAAAAAGUCUUGGAUUUCAGAGAACGUUUAAAUAAGAUCCUGCGUCAUAAUGACAACACUGUUAACAGUAUCACCGAACUGUCACCUAAAACUCCUUUGAGUCCUUGUUCCCAAGUGUCAAUCUCCAACUGUACAGAACAUGGUGAUGAAACCCACUCUGAAGAGCCAGGGUUGAUACAGAGCCAAUACACUGGCACAACAGAGUUUACAGUGAAAGAUAAGUCAACCUGUUCACCCAAUGAGAACCCAGAGAUCCAGUUUGAGCUAAAACUCUGUCCCACCUCCCAACAAAAUGACGAACAGGUAAACAUCACAGAGAGCGUGUCUCAAAAAGACUCUGAACGGUCAUACAGAGACUAUAAUGAAGACGAGAUGCAUGGAUAUUAUCACAAAUCUCCAUCUGAUGAACAUUCAGCAUGGCCCGAUUGUAAAACAAAUGGACCUGAUAGUCAGCAAUUUGAUGACGAUUAUCAUUUUGAUGAAGAUUAUUUUGAUACCAGUUAUCCAGUGUACAAUACAUCUGAGGUUGUAGAUGGUUCCUAUGAAGCAGAAAUGAAAGAAAUGGGUGACUUAUGUUGGGAAAAGAAGAAUUAUCAAUCAGAAUCUCCAUCUACUUUGGAUGUUACCAACAGAAGAGGUGAUCGUUAUAAAUAUCAGACCAAGGUCAGUUAUACUCCCCAUUAUGCAACAAACAUAGACAGUAUGGAGUUGGACCAAACUUCAGCAAAGAGGCGUAGAAAGGAAAAAAUCACAGAUGUCUUCUAUCAGAAUGCUGAGUGGGAUAAGGAAGAUUCUUUGAGUUGUACUGUGGACUACAGCACUGGAAAAACAUCUUACUUUGAAACGCAUCAACCAAGGCCAACCAGGACAGUCACCGUUAAUUCUCUUUCACAAGGUAGAAAAAACAAGCAGCGAUUUGACUGGCGCAAGUAUUUCAGAAGGGAGGCAGUUUCCAGGCAGAUAUAUGAUAGUGAUAGUGAGAGGAACACCAGAUUUGACAUCCCACCCUCCUCCAUUGUCACCAUCCUUGAUAAGAAAGGGAGCAGAGUUACAUUCGAGAACUCUCCCACAACGAAACCAUGUGUAGAUACAAAUAAAACACCUACAAGAUCUCAAGACUCUUCACAACACUGGCAAGAUCAACAAAGCGAGGCUAACGUGACCCAAUCUUUACUCGAUCUUGAAUACCUCAUCUUCUCAGAAAAACUGAAUAGUAUUCUCAAAGAAAGUAGAAGUUCUUUUCAUUUCUCAUCACGCUCUGAGUCAAAUACUGAACGUGCUAGUUUUCCAGUGACUGUUCGGUUUUCGGAUCCCAAUGAAGAAGAGAGCUCCAUUGAACUUGGCACAGUACGACCAUCAUUUCCCCAGUUUAAAAUUAAAGUGAAUCUGUCAAAUAGGAAGGAGAAAAGGGCACAUAUCAGAAAGCGAAGACAUGGCUGUGAAUCUGGCAGUGAGGCUUCAUGCUCCACAAUCUCUGGAACAACAGAACAAUCCGCUGCUUCACACAGGUCCAGCAUGAGGAAGAGUAUUUCUCCACAAACUGAGGCAGUCAAACGAAAAUGGGAGCAAGACAGUGACGGCCAACAGUCGGGAUUCUGUGUCAAAAAAGAUGUGUUUGAAGAUCUAAAUUUUGUUGUUAAGCAAGAAUGCAGCAAUAAAUAUAGGUUCUAUAUCCUUGUCACGUCAGCAGAUGCCUUCUUUGAAGAAACCAGGAAUCUGUUGAUGAUAAAUGGCCACAUACCUGUCGAGCCACAUGAGUUUGACCUCAGUGAUAAUAAUCAGUCCCCUCUUCUCAUUAUAUUGAGGAAUGAGGAUAUUGGAGAACACAUCAGUGAGGUGCCCUAUUUGCUGGAAUUGAAAAAGUCUUCCAAUGUCCUGUUUGCUGGCAUUGAUCGACCCGAUGACGUGGUGAAUUUUACUCAUCAAGAGCUUUUCGCUAAUGGCGGUUUUAUCGUGUGUGAUGAACUGGCUUUCGACACACUAACUCUAGACAACAUGAAGAAAGUUGUGGGGAUCUUGGGUGAAUUGGAAAAAAAAGGAAAAUGGAAAUGGUUUCUUCACUACAAAGACAGCCGCAAGCUUCGGGAAAGCGCAAGGUCGAGUCGUGAGGCAAGUAAGAAGCAGAGCUUCAUAGAUUGGUGCCAGGAGGCUGGCAUAGUCGAAAUCUUGCCCUAUCAUGACUGUGAUGUCAUAUCGAGGGGUCGACCAGACUACCUCUACUGUUUGACUCAUCUCCAGAUGCAAAAUUCUUCGGUUCGGUUUCCUGUGUUUAUUACAGACACGCCAACUGAUGUUUUUGAGAGAAAUGGGAUUUUAACCAUGAACAUUUUUACAUUCUCACGGAUUCUUUCAAAAGACUCUUGUUCUGUAUCAUAAAGUUGUAGUUAUUCCAUAGAUCUUUAGUUUGGUGAUGUUUUUAACAAAAUAUACAUUUUUGUUUAUAGUAAUAAUUUAUUGUUCAUCACAAGUAUUCUUGUUAAUCUGUUAUGUAUUGCUUAUAAACAGUUUGUAAGCUUAUGAAUGGGAGGUCAUAUUGGUUAAGAAUAAGUUUGUCAUGAAAAUGUUUUAAAUAUUUUAACUUGACUUCAUGUUUUUUAUAGAUCGCCUUGACUGAAACUCUAAUAAACGGGUUGAUUUAG